GAAGGCUUCAAUCAAUUUUGCUAAGUUUAAGAUUAGUAGAAAAAAGAAUUAAAUGAGUUCAAACCAAAAUUGGACAGGCAUUGAUUUACUUAGGGACACAUUUGACUUUGCUAUAUAGUCAAAUAUCUCAUGUGUUCCGUUUGACCAAGCCUUCCUCCAAGAUUCCAGAUUGAGGACUCGAGCCACAUGUGGAGUGCUUGGAUCUACUCAGCAGCCAAAGAAGACCCACGCGAAGGCUAUAUUUAUUAUCUGGAAGCUGAAGUCCAAUAUUUUGUACGGACUCUUUCCUUCUUCUCGUGUGCUUCGGCGGCAGAACAAUUAACUAGUCCUACUCUUCUUCCUCCUCCUUGCUGUUAGCUUCUGGUCUGUGAUCUCUCCUUGCGCCCUUGGGAUGCCUUGCUUUGUGCCCUUCGACAACAAGAAGCUGGACGUCAGCUUCUUCGCGUUCCGUCCCACUGGUGUCUUCGCCGACGAGCUCAUCGAUGCCGUGAAGUACUUCUCCUUCCAUGCCGAGGAUCUCGGUUGCGUCUAUAGCUCAGUGUUGAGAAGCAUACAUGGCAAUAUGAUUGUAUGGUAUGGUGCAUGGUUAAGAAGGUCCCCUGAUAACAGGAAGAUGUUGAAUGAUGCGCUGCUAUCAGUGCUAGAAGAGGUAUCAACUAUGGGUGUUCUCCUUCAUCAUGGCUUCUUUGAGGCUUUCUUUGGGGAAUCCAAAGACGGCAGCUCGCUCGCCAAGUUCUCCUCCGGCGACACCAUCUUCCUGAGCGCCAUGGCGUCGACGCCUCGCGACGUCGCCGAUCUCUCCUACGCCUGCCUGGCCCUUCACAAGACUUUCUUCGCGAAGACCGAUGGGUUGUCCGCCGACGUCCACCUCCGCUGCAACGACCAGCCGGUGGUGGCGGCGCUGAUGGUGUGGAAGUCCCUCCAUGCCUGCUACUCCUGGCUGCUCCGCUCCGACUACCGCAACACCAUCCUCCCCUACUUCAGCCACCUCUCUCAGGACGCCCAGUUUGAUGUCUUCAAGGUGGUGUACGUCAACCGCGACGAGAUCCUAAACGUCAGUCCAUUUCCCCCGCGGACGAUCGGAGGUGGAGAUGGCGAAGAAUAGUCGGAUCACUGACAAACAUCGUGCUGCGGAUUCUUCUACGUGUGGCGUGCGUGUCGUUAGGGUUGUAGCUAGUGAUUAUAUAUGGCCUCCUACCUCCUGUGCUUCUUCGACCUCAUCUUUGUGUGGAUUGAUUGCAAGCAACACUUGCCCAAGAAAACGAUCAGACACAGAAGCAAAGCACGCAAGACCAUAUCUCAGCAAGAAAGCUUUAGGUUUCCUCCCUGAAGCGGCUGAGAGAUUGAUAUGCCACUGCCUUUUAAGUGCAUGCAUGGGUUCACCAAAUGAUUCUUAUGCUAUC